GCACGUUAGGCUUAUUUCUCCGCUCAUAACCACAACGAAAUCACAAUGGCUGCCCCACGUAGCGCCGCUCUCAAAAUCGACUGGACCAAAGUCACCAGUUCUCUCGGCCUUCGCGGCCAAACCGCAGCGUCCCUCCAAGCCUUCAAGAAGCGCAACGACGAUGCCCGCCGCAAAGUUACUCUUCUCUCUGAACAGCCCCAAACUGUCGAUUUCGCGUACUACCGCAAGACCCUGAAGAACCAGGCCGUCAUUGACGAAAUCGAAAACCACUUCAAGAACUUCAAGCCUGCUACUUAUGACGUUAGCCGUCAGCUCAAGGCUAUAGAUGCCUUUGAGGCUCAGGCUAUCAAGAGUGCCGAGGAGACCAAGGGUCGUGUGGAGGCGGAGUUGGUGAAUUUGCAAAAGACUUUGGAGAAUAUUGAGACUGCUAGGCCGUUUGAUGAACUCACUGUUGAUGAGGUCGCUACCGCCCAGCCCGAGAUUGACGAAAAGACUGCCUCGCUCGUGUCAAAGGGCAAGUGGAUGCCAGCUGGAUACAAGGAGAAAUUCGGAGAUCUUUCCAUCCUGUAAACAGAUAUACUGUCUGUUACCAACGACUCAAUUCGUCUCAUCUCUUUGGACACUUUCAAGUCUAUGCAAAGGGAGGGGUGGUAUAUUAGUCGUUCCUGUAUAGAAACCAACCAACUGUUCAAUUAGAUGCGUCUUCUCGAAAGGGGUUGAAAGACCCAGUUUACAAUUGUAUUUCAUUUGUCUACUAAUAUAUUCUCCAUUUAUUCCUACUG